UAUUGGUUUUUUUCUCCAGCUACCUUUGUUUCUUGUCAAUCCUCAGAACAACAUCGGAUAUCGCUGAAGAGACAAAUAAGAUCACAUUCGUCUACAGAUAUUUGAAGGCGGUGCCCAUCACGUAACAGGAUGACGCUGUUUCCGGCACUGUUGCUGUUUGUAGGAGUAGCGUUUUGUAGUGCAGCCCCCACAGACAUCGAGAAGCGAUCUACAAUGGUAAAACGAGCCCAAGAAGUGAUGAUGUUUGGAAAUCAACAAAAUAAGCCAAGAAUAAAGAAAAGUGACCCGGAUGUUCCAGCUCUUCCAGAUCUCAAAGGAAGUGUGAUUGCCAAUAAAGCCAAAGACAUCGUUAAAACGAAAACCGCAGAACUACCAAAAGCUAUUGAAGAAGAACUACAGGACGUCAGCGAUGACGUCACAGCACCCAAAGACACAGAAGAGGAACAGUCCGAAUCCAACGAACCAACCACGGAUGAAUUACUUGAGGAUUUUCCACCAGAGACAGUGGAAGCUCUGAAAGAACUUGAAAAUACUAAAGAUGAGAAGAAUUCUGAGGAGGAGGAUAAUACUGCCUCAGAAGAUAAAUCAGAGGAGGACGAUAAAACACCCGAGGAUAAUUCAGUACCUCAAAUGAGUGGGGAGGGGGAUAUGAUAGAGAUGUUGCCUGAAGAUUGGUACAACAAUCCAGUUUUAGCAUACCAGUUGUAUAGAGCCUAUAAAAAGCUUCCAGCCUACGGAUACUCAUACUACCGAAGGCGCCGACGAUCACCCUUAAAAGCUCGCUUGUUAACCAAUGGAAUGAAACGCUCCCAUCGGGCCAAACGUGACCUUCCGUACACAGAAGAAGAGUAUCCUAUGACAUACUACCAAACAAAGUUUGGUCCUUCUUACACACUGGACGAUCUGGAAUCAUAUGCAAGAGAAAAGGAAUACGAAGACAAUGUUUUGAGAUCCAUUCUCAACAGUGUCACUCUUGAAGACGUUCAGGAAAUUGAACACCAGGGUGUAACGGGUUUAUUUAUCCCCCUGGAAGACGAAGAACCUGUGAUGUCCACAAGCAAAAGAAGUCCGUAUUUCUUUCCAUACUCCCAGGAGCCGGAGUCUCAUUUUGGUGCUUUCGUUCCAGAGAAAAGAGAUUACCUUGAUUCGUAUAGUAGACUUGUACAGUUAGCAAGAGAGCUGUCCAAAUCAGAAUCACCAAACCAGGGAUAUCAGAGGUGGUAAUGAAUGGAGAGAUAGAGCAAAGCAUUAUGGAUGAGUAGGCAGACGAGAGUUCGUACAUCAUUACCGGAAGUGUUUCAUUAUUCAUGGAUUGUAUGCAUCGUUUCCGUAUCUUUCUGCAAAAUUUUCAACAUUUUUGUUACUCUGUUAAAAUUCUUUCAAAUCUUAUCAAUGCUCUUUAACAUCGCAUUUUCUUGUGAAAUUAUCUCUUUGAUUAAAUUGUAAAGUAUUAUUGUUAUAUUUUUGUGAAUAAAUGUAUCUUUUGUA